AGGGUGCCCAUACGAACGUUGGCCUCUGACCAGGCAGCUGCUGCUGAAUUACGUGACUUGAAACAUCACUAAUGGGACUUGGUUCCUUAAGUUUAGCUACUUUAGCUUUGUUGUAGGUUCUGUCAGGAUCAUCAUCAAGACAUUUGUUGUUGAUGUUUUGCUCAACUAACGGAUCUGAACUUAGCUCAUCUGGUCUUAAAAACGAAGCCGCUACUGUAGGUUUGCUUAACUGAAAUGGACCGUGGGUCUACUGGUGCCGGGAGCCGGCUUCUCCAUGUGGACGUCCACAUUGAUGAGGACCAACCUCGUACAGGAAUCCUGGACCUCCUCAGCAGACUGCGUCCUCAGUGGAGGGCACAGGACGUUCAGCUGAAGACGUUCACAGAAGGCAUGACCAACCAGCUGAUUGGCUGCUACGUGGGCUCCGUGCAGGAGCCCGGCUGCGUCCUGGUUCGUUUGUACGGCAGGAUGACUGAGCUCUACGUGAACCGGGACCAGGAGGUAGACAUGUUCCAGGUCUUCCACGCCCACGGCUGCGGCCCCCAGAUCUACUGCAGCUUCCAGAACGGCAUCUGCUACGAGUUCAUCAGAGGCGCGGUCCUGGAGGACGAGCUGCUCCAGCAGCCCUCCAUUUACAGAUUGAUCGCAGCCGAGAUGGGAAGAAUCCACUCCAUCGAGCCAAAGUGCGGGCGACCGGUUGAACCUGUGCUCUGGAAGAAGAUGUCUCACUUUCUCGCGCUGGUGCAGAGCAGCACAAAAAGUCGAACAGAGCAAAGCAGAGGCAAAUUCUCCCACCGAGAGGAGGACGGACGGCAGCCCCAGAGGCAGGCGACCGGGACAAGUCUUGUACCCAGCUUCGAGACUUUAUCAGCAGAGAUGGAGUCCCUGAGGCGCCACCUGUCGCAGGUCGACUCGCCGACCGUCCUCUGCCACAAUGACCUCCUGACAAAAAACAUCAUCUACAACCAGCAGGAGGGAAUGGUGAAAUUCAUCGACUAUGAGUACGCUGAUUACAACUACCAGGCCUUUGAUAUUGGCAAUCACUUCAACGAAUUUGCUGGUGUGAAUGUUAAUUACAGCCUCUACCCAAGCCAGGAGCUGCAGAGGGACUGGCUGCUGACGUACCUGGAGAGCUUCAAACGCAGCUCAGGACGCGAGGCCACUGUGACGGAGGCGGAGGUCUUGCAGCUGUACGUCCAGGUCUGCAAGUUCUCCCUGGCGUCCAGCUUCUUCUGGGGUCUCUGGGCCAUCCUCCAGUCACACUACUCCUCCAUCGAUUUUGACUUCCAAAGAUACGCUGCUGCUCGACUCAACUACUACUUUGAGAAGAAAGACGAAUACUUUGAACUGAGGAACUGAAAGCGACCCGUACCCUGCAGGUCCAUGUGGAGGCGAAGCUUAUAAAAGUCUCCAGUUGUUUGUUAUUCCAGCCUCUAUUCGAGUAAAUGUGUUUGUCUAUCACAGUGAUUCUUAAAAUAUUUGUUUCACCACAGUCACUAUGCCGAUAAGCUUAUUUGGCAAAUCGAGACCAGGCUCGUGCCAGAAAGACAUUAAUUGCUCCCACAUUUAUCUCAGCCACAAAAAACUACAAAACUGAGCCCGAUCAUUAAAGUCAGAGAAGGCUUAUUUGGAUUUUUGAUGCAAACAAGAUGAAUGAGUGUCAAACUUUGUUCCGCAGAGUUAACUCUUUGUCUUCAGCAAACACUGGGCCCAAAUGUAAAGAGUGUGAGUCGACUCUGCUCUGGGUGAGAGACUGGUUGAAUCCACUGAUGUUCUCUUAUUAUUAUUGCCUCACGCGUCCUCCUACAAACCUGAGGACGAGAAGCUGCUGCCUUUUGAUCGGUCCCACAUUUGUUUAGUUAAAAUCUUCUGUCGCUAAAACAACAUACGUUUAUUAAUUAAAGCAUCGUCAGUGCAGACGACCUCUCGGAGGAGUUGGACUCUGGAUGAGCUGAACAUGUUAAUGACUCGGGUUCUUCUGCACCAGGCUGCGCUCUCUGCCAGGACUGAGUCGGACGGAGGGAGAGAAACGAUCCGCUUAAAACUGCAGCAACGUUAGCAGCUUCAACAAAAGCGCUUGAUCGCGCCGCGCCUCUGUAAGAAACAAGUAUAAAUACGGAUGCUGUGUCGAGUGUAAUGAGGUCAUCACCUCCAACCUGAGCUGAACCAUCACAUGUUCACGCUGUAAUAAAUGAUAAACAUCAAGACAAAACAUUAGGAGAUAAUUAAAAGCUUGACUGUAACCUUUGGCUUUGUGAUCUUACAACGUUUAAGAUUAAAAGCUUCACUUGGUUCUGUUUGAAGGUGAAGCCAUCAAAGUCGGCGCGGGGCUUGUUUCUUGUGGUGUAAACCUAAACCCAAACCUUUCACAGGAUGGAACCCGGAGCUCUGGCUGCUUCCCCCAACGCCUCUGCUCUUACGCACAUUUUCCAAACCUCCACCAAACACGAUGAAUUCAAACCAUCAGGUUGUCAAGCAGAUUAGUGUUUGAAUCCAACCCGCCUGUGGCAUGAGAGGGUCCAAUAUUGUUUAGUUUAGUGCAUUUCAUUUUAUUUUAUUCACAGCUGGCAAUUCAGGCAAAAGAGGUGAGAGAAGCAGAUGAAUAUAGACUACACUUAUAUACUAACAAUUUAUUAAUAUAUUAAUUAAUUUAUUAAUUAAUAUAUUAAUAAUUGAAUAAUUAAUGCAGGCACAAGCUGGAUAUGAAAGUCCUGCUGACGCAUGUGAGUGGAUGUAAAGGUCUUUAAUGGAGGAAAACCCGAUGUGUGUGUUUACACUGUGAAUAUUAAUGAAACAAACCAAUGGGAAACCAGUGCUUCUUAUGGUCAGAGCCGUGUCCUUAAACGUGAGGGAGACAGGAGGAAAGGAAUGAGGCGCUGGAUUCACAACACAGGACUAUUAGGGGUCAAACGGAGGAAGGCCCGGCUACAAUGCCGCUCCUCACGGCCGCACGCAGUCGCACUCAUCAAGGCUGCAGCCGCGUCUUUGACUCGAACAAUUCAGCUGCUUUCAAAGUGGCAUUUUUCGUUAAACAUAUAAUAUUUAAUUAGCGGACUAAUGCACUUAAAAAGACCCAAGGACUUCGCCUCAAAGAGGAAAAAUUGGCCUUUUGUCCACUGCCCGUUCCCCUGAAAGAAAAUGUUGUAAUUUUUUCCUUCAUUUCUAAUUGCAUUAAAAAAUAAGCAUAGCCUUUAUGUAAAGGACAUUGAAACUCAGACACAGCUGAAGCAGCUUUUCAAAGGGAUUUUCUGAAUAAUUUCCUUUUAUCCAAAUAUUGCGCUUUGCUUUUUGGUUAUUGUUGCCGCUGACCCUCUGAAUGCAUCCCCUCACAGUCCACAGUUGGACACAUUAUUCAGAUGAUUGCACUGAUUUGCAGCAGGGUUCAUCCUCUGGGGAUCUGGACAGAACGGUGGGCUCCGCUCCUCAUCAGGAUGAUAAAGCACCACAGCUCUCGUCUCGUCUGCCGGUGACGCUGACUUUGAUGCCUCUCCUCUGUCUGGAGCCGGCUCCUUCUUUGUAAUAACAAUUCAUAAUUCUCUUGAUCUCAGGGCCCAUUUGGUGAGGUGGAAAAUAAUUAGAGGAGUUUGUUCUCACUGCUCUUCAAGACGUUUUUUUUAACAAUUUGCCCAGAGGCUCCAUCCAGAUCAGGAGCUUUCAUGAAGGAACGUGUCAUUAGGCCUCAUCACAUCCACACAGAGAAAUAGAAAGCCGAAGCUUGUUCCCGGCUCAGACGCAGCAGCUCAUCCUGCGACCGUCACAGACUGAACCUUUAUCCACCUCCUUGCAGGUGUGAUCCUGUUGAAGCUGCACCACCGAGCUCUCUGAGCCCAUCCAGCUCCUCCACGAGGUUCAGACUCACUCCUAGUACUGAUCCACAUGUAGAGCCUGUGUGUAGGAGCACACAGCACACAUGAACUGUAAUGAACUACGCUGCUGUUCUGGAGGCGCUCCAGAGCUGGAGCAAGGCAGGAGCAGCAGCAGGAGCAGGGUUUCAACCCCCACCCAGCCCCUCGCUGCAGCUGAUCCAGGAAUUAGGCUCCGAUUGAUGAUGAGGCGGCGCUGCAGCCUGAGGGAGCAACGGCCUCGUCAGAAUGAGAGCGGAACGUGAUGGAAAAAAAAUCCAAACCUGUAUCUCAGAACUUUUCUAAUUCUCCACAAACACUUGGAAGCAAAGACGAGGCCACAGGCAGCUGAGCAAGAUCUCAGGUUUCAUGUUUUUAUUUGUUUAUUGUUUUUUUUUCUUGAUUGUCUUUCUCACCAAGUUGUACUGACACGUUUUAGAGCCAAAGCGGCUAAUAAAUACAAUGAAAUGUUAAAACGCACAAUUGAAAUUCAAAUACAAUA